AUCCAGUGCUCCGCGGUUCCGGGGUAUAGUCUCUGCACUGGCCUCCGGUUCCAGCUGCGACUCACAUUCUCCCCAGACCCGGAGGAUGCGGGUUGUUAUGCCCCGAACGCUCCUCCUGCUGCUGUCGGGGGCCCUGGCCGUGACCCAGACCUGGGCAGGCUCCCACUCCUUGAGGUAUUUCCACACCGCGAUGUCCCGGCCCGGCCUCGGGGAACCCCGCUUCAUCGCCGUGGGCUACGUGGACGACACGCAGUUCGUGCGGUUCGACACCGACGCCCCAAAUCCGAGGAUGGAGCCGCGGGCGCCGUGGAUGGAGCAGGUGGGGCCAGAGUAUUGGGACCGGGAGACGCGGAUCGCCAAGGUGCACGCAGAGAUUGCCCGACCGAACCUGCAGACCGCCCUCCGCUACUACAACCAGAGCGAGUCCGGGUCACACAGCAUCCAGAGAAUGCAUGGCUGUGACAUCGGGCCUGACGGACGCCUCCUCCGCGGGUACAGUCAGUUGGCCUACGACGGCGCGGAUUACAUCGCCCUGAACGAGGACCUGCGCUCCUGGACCGCGGCGGACACCGCUGCGCAGAUCACACGCCGCAAGUGGGAGGUGGCCGGUGAGGCGGCGCGCUAUACGAAGUACCUGGAGGACACGUGCUUGGCGGGGCUCCGCAGGUACCUGGAGAUGGGGAAGGAGACGCUGCUGCGUGCAGAGUCUCCCAAAACACACGUGACCCGCCACCGGAUCUCUGACCAUGAGGUGACCCUGAGGUGCUGGGCCUUGGGCUUCUACCCUGCGGAGAUCACCCUGACCUGGCAGCAUGAUGGGCAGGACCACACCCAGGACACAGAACUUGUGGAGACGAGACCUGCAGGAGAUGGGACCUUCCAGAAGUGGGCGGCUGUGGUGGUGUCUUCUGGAGAGGAGCAGAGAUACACGUGCCAUGUGCAGCACGAGGGGCUGCCCGAGCCCAUCACCUUGAGAUGGGAGCCAUCCUCUCAGCCCUCCAUCCCCAUCCUGGGCAUCAUUGUUGCUGUGGUUGUCCUUGUGGUCAUUGUGGUGGUUGGAGCUGUGAUCUGGAGGAAGAAGUUCUCAGCAGAAAAAGGACCGAGCUACUCUCAUGCUGCACGCAAUGACAGUAUUCAGGGCUCUGAUUCAUCUCUAAUGGCUCCUAAAGUGUGAGACCCGCUGCCCCUCAGGGACUAAUACAGGAUCUGUUCCAUCGAGAACCCCUGACUUUCUGCAGAUGGUGUCAGAAUGUGUCUGCAUUCCUAUUAGCAUAUUGUGAGGACACAGGAGACUGCUCCCCCCCCCCGCCCUCCAUGACCCCUCCCCGUACUGAUUCGUGUUCCCUUUCUGACCUGCUUUCCUGUUCCAGCCGAGGAGGGGUGAGCCAUCUCCAUCCCGUCUUUUUUUCAUGUUGGACUGAGUACUGAUGCUUUACUUUCCUAUUGAAAAUGAGAAUCCAGAUAUGAAUUUAUGUUUUGUAAUUCUUGGUAUGUGGGCAUGAUGAGGUAAUAAAAGAGAGGAUUUGUAUGGUUGGAACAGAAAAUAAAUGAAAGCACUGAGAACCUUA